AUGCAAGAUGUAUUCUCAAGUGAAUAUGGUUUGAAUUUGUAAGAUUAUAAUCAAAAAUCACAUGAACUUUAACUUUUAGGUGAGAAAGGUGUAUUUUAUGAUGAAUAUUUUCCUCCUACAAAAGAAUCAUUAUGUGAAUAUUGGAAUUUAAUGCCUUAAUAGUAAUAAAAAGUUUGGGAAAAAAUACAAUGGUUACGCCCAAAUUAAAUAUUUGAUGAGUUUUAAGGAAUAGAUGUAUUUAAAGAAAUAGAAGUUAACGAUAUUAAAUAGGGUAUUUUAGGAGACUCUUAUUUUUUGUGUUCUUUAAGUUCUUUAGCAGAAAGAAAAGAAUAUAUUUUGAAAUUAUUUCAUACUAAAAAUUACUAAAAAAACGGUUUAUAUUCCAUUUGGUUGAAUAUUAAAGGAGAAUGGAAAAAUAUUAUUAUUGAUGACAGAAUACCUUGCAUUAAAGGAAUUCCUUGUUUUUCCAAAGCUACUGGAGCUGAAUUGUGGGUCGUCUUAUUAGAAAAGGCUUAUGCUAAAGCUUAUGGAUCUUAUUUUAAAAUAGAAGGAGGAAAUCCUGCGAUUGCUUUGAGAGAUUUGACAGGUGCACCUUAUUAGAAUUUAGAUAGUAAUAAUCCUGAUGAAGUCUGGAACUAUUUAAUCUAACAUGAUAAUAAUGGAAAAAGUGAUAUAUUAAUUUGUUAUACUAAGAGUGCUCACAUUAAGGAAGAAUAGAAUAAACUUGGGAUUUUAGCUGGGCAUGCUUAUUCAAUCCUUGAUAUAAAGUAAAUUUUCGAUUAUCAAGUCAAUAAAUAAGUUGGAAUUAUUAAAAUAAGAAAUCCUUGGGGUAAAGUUGAAUGGAAUGGUGAUUGGAGUGAUAAUAGUUUAAAAUGGACUCCUUAAUUAAAAGAAUAAUUAAAUCUUAAAAAUGAAAAUGACGGAAGCUUUUGGAUUUAGGUUGAAGAUUUUGUUAAGUAUUAUGAAGGAAUUGGUUUAUGUCAAAUUAAAGAUAAUUAUAAGUGCAAUUCAAUAAAGGUUGAUAUGGAUAAUUAAUAAAAUGCUGCAAUAGUUAAGCUUAUAAUAAAAUAAAGAUAAGUUGGAUGGAUAACUUUGAAUUAAGAUGAUUCUAGAUUUUUUAAAUAGGACAUUUAUAAUUAUUCUUUUAGUACAAUUAUUGUUACAAAACAUAAUUUCGAAACAAAUUAAAUUUAAUGGGUAUCAGGAAAUUUCGAUUAUGAUAGAAACAAUGAUGCUUUUUGUAUUUUUGAGCCUGGAGAAUAUUUUGUAUUUGUAGAAGUAUUAUGGAAUCAAAAUUAUACUAGAAAUAUUGUAAUAAAUCAUGAAAACAUCGACAUUGUAUUACCUCCAGGAAAAGAAAUUAUUUUAUUAUGCAAGUUUGAUGCUUUAAAAGAUUUCUCAACUUCAUAUAACUAUAAAUCAAGUAUAACUUUAUAUCCUUCUAAUUCAGUCUAAUUUAAAUAUGAUGAAUCUAUGUUUUUAAAGCCUAACGUUUUUAAUGAUAAAAUAAGUUAGGCUUAAAACAAAAGUUCAGCAUAAAGAGAAAUAUCAAUAACCAACUUUAGAUUAGGUCCUGAUAAUGAUAUUGAAAAUUUAACUACUAACAUAUAUUAAAUAGAAUAAAUUUUUGUAAAUUCGUUUUGA